CCACAACACACAACUGUCGCAACACCAGUCGCAGCUGCUCAAUCGGAGCGCAACUUCCUGCUCUACACGCCCCUGCGGUUUUAUUUUUGUUUUUCCGUCGUUAGUCAUCGGAAAUCGCAUCCGGCGCAUUCUGGCCUUCCCGCUCGCCGGCCGUCGCAAACCCACAACACGCGCGCCUCCUCCCCGUGUCACACCCUCGCCGGACGCCCGCCCACCGCGCGCAUCGUCCUCUGGCGUGCCGGACAUGCUCCUCCCGUCUGCAUUGUCGUGUGAGUCACGGCAGCCGCCUGCGCGCUCCAGAUUCCCCUCAACCCGCCUGUUCCCCGCAACUCCUCCCCCUUGCGAUGACGGAUUCAUCGCCGGCAACGGCCUUCUGGGGACGUGUCGCUCCCUACAGUCCCUCCUCAAUGUCUCACCCGCUUCAUCUCCUCGUCGAUCCAAACCAGACCGGCUCCAGAGCCCGCUGCAGAUCCGCGCAAACACCAUGACCCGCGUCGCAAAGCCCAUCGCCAAACCACCGCGUGGAGUAAAUAAAAGAAGAAGAGAUGUAUAUGAGGAUGACAGCGAUGAUGAUGAUGGUGAUGACGAUGAUCAAGUGAGCGGCGGAAGAAUAACAUCUGGUGACCGAUUCUCAACGCCAAAGAGACGGCGUCGCGCACCUCCAGAGAUACCCCUGGGCUUGGACUCGUCGGAUUUCAAGGCACUGGACUCGCUGAGUGAUUCCAGUGCCACGCUAAGCUUAUCGCCUCGGCAGCUGAAAGAUCGCCUUGGGGGUGAAUCGCGACACUUCGACUCCGAUUCAGCGACGCCCAGUUCGAGAGAGGAUGCCAGCAAACUCUCCGUCGACUCGAGUUCAGAUUGGACAAGUGAAGAUGAUGGUCGCCUGGUGGAGCUGGUGCUCGAGAAGUUAAAGCUUUCGAAACGGGACUGGACCGAUUGCGCGCGAAGAAUGGGCAAGGAUAACGAUAGUGUUGGCAGACGCUGGAAAGCGCUCAUUGGCGAAGGCAACGUUGGUUUACGUCGCGGCAAGCGCAUGGUCAGAGCCCGAAUACACGAGAGCUGGAGAUGACUCUGCGCUCACUACUAAUUUCCUUUUCACUCAUCUAAUUGGGAGUCGUCUCUUUGGGUUUGUGUCCGCUGAAAUUUAGCGUUUGGGUGGCCCGGACUGGGAUUUUGCACUGGGUGGCUGGCGUGUCUAUGGGCUGUUCAUCUAUCCGGAUCUUGUGGCUUUCUUUCUUUCUUUCCUCUUCUUUUUCUUUUUCUUUUCUUUUCUUUUCUUUUCUUUUUUUUUUUUUUUCCCUCGGUAUUUAUAUCAUUUCCUAUCAUUUCCUUUUUUUUUUUUUUUAAUCUUCUAAUAUCUUGAUGCCUUAAUGUCUCGCAGUGGCUGACUUCGCUCGUUUCACGUUCUCCCCUGUGCAGUGUCAAUUUGGUUGACAAUUGGGCUUUUCUCCUCCGUCUUCCCCUCGAACAAAGGGAUAGUUCUUUGUCUUGUAAAUUAGGUCCUUUACUGACUUCGAUAGAGUCAUUGUCCAUGAGCACAUUGUAUUAUUACACUGAUUCUAUUAUCUCAACGCGCGAGCACGCUUCCCCAACAUUAGACAGGCUCCAGCAAUAUAUUAUCUUCAUGCCAC